UGACGUGAUUAUAAUUUUUCUUUUUUUUUUUCUAAUUUUCUUGUCAAAAAUCAUCAAUUUUCCGAUAACCCAAGCCACGUUAAAUUAACAGUAAUGAGACAUGUAGCCUUUUUCAAAAAUAAAACUGCAAGUAGUACCUGAGAAAUGGCCAAGCAGCAUGAAAGAAAGAUUUCACCUGGUAAUAAUUUCGCCAGGAUUUUAGCUCGCUCCAAGUCGGACGUGAUGAUCUCCAGAAGAGUGACAGACGGACAGGAUGCCGAUGCCGGGACUACAGAUCAGGAUCUGGAUGUGACCGUGUUGGACGAGUGCAUUAAAUCAUCGUCGUCCUGGAAGUUGUCCAACUUCGUAGCGAGGUGGCUGAUCCCUUUACUCCUUGUGGCAAUAUUACUCACGUCCUUUUUCACUUUUUGGAAUUUUUCCGGGCAUUUCUUGUCCGGUAGUUUGACAAUCAUUAAGUGGUAUGCACGUCGGAGAAUUGGUACCAAUGGGGUCGUGGAAGGAUCAAAGUGAAAGCCAAAAUAUAAUGCGGAAUACUGGAGAAAAUUUAUUGAAAAGAAGUCGUAUUGCUUGGGAGAAUAAUCUUUUCAAAAAUACGGCUACAUAUAUUUGCUGUAAGCCAGAAUACAGUGAUGAUUAUAUUUGUGUGGAUGCUGACUCUGAAGAGAUGGAUGGUCAUAUUCUUUUUAAGAAAUCUCAAAUUUGGAACGGAGCACAUGGACUUCAUGGUGGAUGUAGGACUGAUUUUGAAACUGGUAAUGAUUUAAAAAUAAAAAUGGUCACUCGACAUACUAGUCCUGUGAGGACUGUAAAGUCGGUCGGGACUUCGCCAAAAAUGUCCAAAAAAAAAUGUACCAUCGAAUAAAUUAUUGGGUUGGAUUUUCAAAAUAUUUGUUUCUUAUCCGAUCUGAAAUGGGCUACGAAUCGAUACGUUGAGUGACAUAACCAUUUUGAUAUGGAAGAAACUCAAAAUUGUGUAUAAUGUAUGAUAAUCUAGAUAAAAAAAUAAAAUGAUAACAUUCUUAGAUAGAAUAUCGUUUUUAGUGUAUGUAAAAUUUUCAAAUUUAUAAAAAACUAACCUAAUUUUAAUAAAAUGAAGCAAUCAAGCAAUUCUACUACGGAUUUAUCGUUCUGCAGAAAAUCCGAAGCUAGAUCAAGUUCACCGAGGAGACCUAAAGGGAAUUUCGAAGUUCCGUCAGAACUUUUGAAUAUAGAUUCGAGUGAACUUCUCCAGGAAGUUCAACGUACUGUUCUGCUACGUCGACUGUGUGCAAAUUUACAAAAGCAGGAUGGGGAUCUUUUAUUGAGGAAUGACAAAGACAGCAAUACGCAGCUACUUCAUCAUCAGAAAACGAAACAAAUGGACAUCCGCGCUGUCGAUAUUCCAGCUUCCCGUGAAGUUUUGAAUUAUUCCUGUCAGCAGACGCCUGCCACUAGAACCAGGUACCCGGAGAGAAGGUGCAGAAACGCCUCGACUAUAACGGAUGAAGUGGUGCAAGAUAUCACGCAACGUCAGAUACGAGAGAUUCUUCGUAAGAUUCAUGAACUGAAGAGCAACAUCAGCGAAGUGGAUGUUCCAUAUCACUGUACAAAAUAUCCGUGCAAAAGACGAAGUUCCACUAGCGUUGGGCAAUCUCAAACGCCGGAUAAGAUCAUCACUGAUGUGGAUGCUGCACGAAAGGCUCUCAAGUGCUUAGAAUGUAAAAUUCGAGAAUUGAGGAAAUUUUUUGAAAAUCCUGACAGUUAUGCGAAAAUUAUGGAAUCGAGAAGGAUUGGUUGCUGUCAGGAAAAACUUCCUCAUCUUCAUGGGUUUCUUGACGGGAUGCAAGUGACUAUGAAGUUUUUGGAAAGUUUUAAGGAAAAUCAAAAUUUGCCAUUAGGAGGUAAUAAAGAUCAGCAGGAAUCGAAAAAAUUUCGAUGUCGUGUAGGAUUGCCAGUGGAUUCUGAAUUAAUUAAGGAAUCCGGAUCGUGUGGCUCCGUUGAAGCAUGCAAGAAGAAGGAUUAUUCUUUUGAGAAUAAGUGCACUACCGAAAUCAGCUGCAAAAUCGGAUGCAAGGAUUCUUCUGUUCUGCAGGAUUCAGUACAUAAAGAAAUUUCUGAAGAAAUGUCUACAGAGAAAAGUGAACCAGAAAUUUCAUCAAGAAAAUUAAGCAGAGUCGAUUCAUUGACAGGAUCUGAAAAAAUCAAAAAAGAUUUAUCUGAAAAUUGGAGUGGCACAGCCUCUCAGUUGAUCUUGGAAGAGGAAGUAAUGCCGAAAGAAACAUUUACGAGUGAAAAUGCUGGAAAAACAAAAGGGUCUGGGAUAUUAACGGGUUCAAAAUCAAAAUCCGACACAUCGCCAGCUGUCAUAUCAGGAUAUGUUAAGGUUUACACUCAAAAAACUCAUUUUGACUCAGACAGAACAAUGAAUUUCGAAAAAAUCCCAACGAAAAAUAAAAUAUCGCAGAAUAACGACAGUCAAGUACUCUCUGACGAUCGUUUGACAAUUUCAGAAAACCGUACACAGCGCUAAGGAAAUAAUUGAUAAUACACGUGCACGAGCGAUCGUGUGAGAUUUCGUAAAGGUGAAUUUCAAAGUUCGAAAGUGGUUCAAGGCCCUGCGACGGAAGUGGAGGAGAUUGCGUAAAAUGGACGAAG